AUGGCAUUCUGUUCUCUGACACCCAACACUAACAAAGUGCUGAUUAAGCCAUGGAGCCGGCCAAAAACGACGACAGAACACCUCGAAUGGGCUGAGCUGCCCAAGAUUGACUUGUCGCAGUUCGAUAAACCAGGUGGCAAGCAGGAACUUGCCGAGAAGUUGUAUGAUGCAGUGACCAGAGCUGGAUUCUGGUGCGUCGUCAAUACAGGAAUCGACGAUGAGCGUGUUCUCCGCCAGUUCAGUAUUGGCAACACGUUCUUCAAGGAACCCUUGGAGGAAAAGCGAACUUUCCCUUGCAACUUUGCCGAAGGCGAGUACUUCGGCUACCGUGAAAACUCACGCUGGGUUGGUGAUACGGGGGUUAAAGAGAACAUUGAAAUGCUAAAUAUCCCCAAAGCCAUCCCGGCAUAUGCAGAUGUGGGCAAGCACCAAGUCGUCAAGGACAACUAUGAAGAGAUUGCCAGGUUCCACCGAGAUGUCUGGGAAAAGGUCAUUCGCAAGCUCUUCGUUCUGAUUGCCAUCAUUCUAGAACUGCCGGAGAACUACCUGGCUGAUGCACACGCCUAUGAUGAAGAAUCAGACGAUCAUCUUCGGUAUAUGAUCUACAAUGUCAGAACCCAGGAAGAAUGGGACAGAGCCCAAGCCUAUUCCAAGGGCGGUCACACCGAUUUCGGCAGUUUGACACUGCUUUUCUCGCAGCACGUCGCUGGAUUGCAGAUCAAGACCCCCGAAGGCCAGUGGAAGUACGUGAGGCCUGUUGACGGUGGCAUCACUUGCAAUGCCGCAGAUACUCUCACCUUCCUUACCAAUGGAUUCAUCAAAUCAACCAUCCACCGCGUCGUCACGCCGCCAAAGGACCAGAUCCACAUUCCUCGCCUGGGUCUUCUAUACUUCAGCCGACCUGGAGCUCAUACACCCAUGAAGACCGUUCCUUCUCCUUUGUUGGAUCGCCUCGGACUGAUCUCCGAGGAAGAUAGGGACCCUACUAAACCGGUUGUUACUGGCACCGAAUAUGUGCGCGCGAGGGUUAAGGAUGUGCACCACAAGACCGUGAUAGACAAGAGGGAAGGUACGGCUUUUGAGUUCAAGGGUCUCAAAGUGCAGAACUAUUACGAUUGA